AGACUAAAUGAAAUGUUGGUAGUUGUAAUUUGUGGUUAGUAUUUUCAAUUUUCAACAAUUUUCAUGAAAUAGCAACCAAUUUCCCGAAGGUGACGUUAUUGAAAAGAGGGUACAAUGCUUCUUCAAGACUAGUGUAUUGUAUAUUUUCAAAUUAUCUGUAUAAACAUGGCUUUGAAAAAAGUAAAGGGAAAUAUAGAGCGAAUGUUUGAUAAGAAUUUGACGGAUCUUGUACGUGGUAUCCGAAAUAAUAAAGAAAAUGAAGCCAAAUAUAUAACUCAAUGUAUGGAGGAUAUUAAACAAGAACUUCGACAAGACAACCUAGCAGUAAAAAGCAAUGCAAUUGCUAAAUUAACAUAUCUUCAAAUGUUGGGAUAUGACAUUUCGUGGGCUGGUUUUAAUAUUAUAGAAGUAAUGAGUUCUAACAAAUUUACUUUAAAACGAAUAGGAUAUUUAGCAGCAAGUCAAUCUUUUCACAGUGAAUCUGAGCUUCUAAUGUUAACAACUAAUAUGAUUAGGAAAGAGUUAAAUUCUCAGAACCAGUAUGAAGCUGGUCUUGCCUUAACUUCGUUAAGUUGUUUUAUUAGUUCCGAUCUUGCAAGAGAUCUGUCCAAUGAUAUACUAACUCUUCUUAAUUCAACAAAACCAUAUGUCAGGAAAAAAGCAGUCUUAAUGAUGUACAAAGUAUUUUUAAAAUAUCCAGAUGCUCUUCGACCAGCUUUUCCACGACUUAAGGAAAAAUUGGAAGAUCCAGAUCCAGGUGUCCAGUCGGCUGCAGUUAAUGUUGUAUGUGAGUUGGCAAGAAAAAAUCCAAAAAAUUACCUCAGUUUAGCACCGAUGUUCUUUAAAUUAAUGACAACAAGUACUAAUAAUUGGAUGUUAAUAAAAAUAAUCAAAUUGUUUGGAGCCCUUACCCCUUUAGAACCUAGGCUAGGCAAAAAAUUAAUAGAACCUUUAACCAAUCUGAUUCACAGUACGACUGCAAUGAGCCUUCUCUAUGAGUGCAUUAAUACUGUGAUAGCUGUUCUAAUAAGUAUUUCGUCAGGGAUGCCCAAUCAUUCCGCCAGCAUUCAGCUAUGUGUUCAGAAAUUAAGAAUCCUCAUCGAGGACUCUGAUCAGAACUUGAAGUAUUUGGGUUUGCUGGCUAUGUCAAAAAUUCUAAAGACACAUCCCAAGAGCGUUCAGGCUCAUAAAGAUCUUAUUUUGCAAUGCUUAGAAGAUAAAGACGAGUCGAUACGUCUUCGAGCCCUGGAUCUUUUAUACGGAAUGGUAUCUAAGAAGAAUUUAAUGGAAAUAGUUAAAAAAUUAAUGAUACAUAUGGAAAAGGCUGAAGGUACAUUAUACAGGGACGAGCUCCUUAGUAAAAUAAUAUUGAUUUGUUCUCAAAACAAUUAUCAAUUUAUUACAAAUUUUGAAUGGUACAUAACCGUCUUAGUAGAAUUAGCUCAAAUGGAAUUUGGAUCAAAACAAGGUUACGUAAUAGCUUCUCAACUAAUGGAUGUCUGUAUUCGAGUGCAAGCGAUAAGGCCCUUCGGUGUGUCCGAAAUGGCCCAAAUAAUCGAAGUUUAUUCAUCAACCUCACAAUUUUCUAUUAUGCAAGACGUUUUGUACGCAGCUGCGUGGCUAUGUGGUGAAUUUUCGAGUGAUCUCAAAGACCCUGAGAAAACCCUCACGUCGAUGUUGAAGUAUCGCAAUUUACCUCCUCACAUUGAGGCUGUUUUUAUUCACAACAUUUUGAAGUUAUAUUCGCGCAUUGUGGCUAAUUGUGAGGCAACUGAAGAUUACGGAAAGAUUUUCUUAGUUUGCGAUACAGUAACUGAAAAGUUAAGCGAAAGCGUUAAAUCGGCCGAACUUGAAGUCCAAGAAAGAGCUAGUUCUAGUUUGGAAAUAGUAGCUAUCGUUAAAGAAGCCUUUUUAGAACUACAACGUGAUAAAACCGUUAACGGAAACGACGUUUUGCCUGACGAAACAACAUGUUCCCUCUCUUCCGAAUUGUUGUCUCUUUUUAGUGGCGAGUUGAAUCCUGUUGCCCCUAAGGCGCAAAAGAAGGUUCCGGUGCCUGAGGGGCUGGACUUAGAUGAGUGGAUUAACGAACCACCUGGAGAGAGCGAGUCCGAAAGUGAGGAGGAGAUGAAUGAGAAUAUUUUUGUUAAAUACGACAAGUCAGACUAUGCAAAAUACGAACGAGUCCAUUAUGAGCCAACUGAAGAAGAAAUUAGUAAGAGUAGAGAAGCAAGAAAACUGGAACAGCAAAAUAAUCCGCACUACCUGAAGGGUUCGAUAGAAAAGGCAAACAAUGGUAGAUGGGAUGGUGAUAUCGGGGAGAGUGUGGACAAUAUUCCCAUAGCUCGCAUUGAGCUGCCCGUGCAACUCACUGUCAUCAAUCAGAAAAGAUCCGACAGGUAUUUAAAUUUAGAUAAAGCCGAGAAAAAAGGUCGUCCAUCUAAAAAGAAGAAGAAGUCAAAGAAAGAGAAAGACGCAAGUUCUUCUGAAGAAAAUGAAGUGAAUUCAGCUCCCAACUUAUUGGUUCUUAAAGACAUGGAAUUGCCAGAGGGAGCCACAUUGUCGGAUUCAGAAAGCAGUAAUGGAAAUCCUGACGAUCCACAUAAGGCUCUUGAUAUAGAUUUGGACUUGCCUCAACCAGUAUCUUACAAGCAAGAAAGGAAAUCGUCUGAAGACAAAAAUGCUCAAGAGAAAAAGACUAAGAAGUCCAAAAAAAAGACUGAUAAAGACAAAGAACGUGUGAAGAAGAAAAAUGAUGACGUGCUCCUUAUGGACUUCGGAGCAGGAGGUGAAAUAAAGAACGAGAUAAACAGUAAAGAGAAAAAAGCGAAAAAACAUAAAAGAGAUAAGGAGAAGAAAAGCAGAGAAAAGUCGACAGACAAAGGGGUAAAACAAUCAAAGAAGACAAGAGGUUACGAAGAAGCCGUGGGUAUAUCUACACCAAGCAAAGAAUUUCUGUAGUGUAAGAGUAAAAAAUGCAAUGUGAGACUCUCUAAAAACAAGAAAACUUUCCAUUUGUUAUUAAGCCAUAAAAGAAAAAAGCAAAAAAAUAUUUAUGUAAAAAGCCUAAAAAUCGAAGUCGUAUCGUCAUUAUAAAUCUUUAUUUUAAACGUUGGUACAUAAAAAAAUUAAUGGAAUUAUUAUUGUUGCUAUUGUUAUUUUUUAGUAAUCGUUUAGGUUUUUUUGUCAGAUAACAUGUCCCACAUUUGAAGAUACCCUAAUGCAAUAUUAUAAUACAUUAUAUUAAAAAGGAAAAAAAUGUUUAGUACUUUCAGGUGAAGCGUUAUCAUAAUACUGGUGCAUAGAAUUCGUUAUUCAAUUUGUGCUUUAUAAAAAAAAUG